AUGCACGAGAUACUCUCAUUUGCGUUUGGAGGAAAAUCCAACUUCGUGUCGACACAUUUUUGGAAUGCUCAAGAGAAGUAUCUUGACCAAGGCAAUGAUGCUCAGAUCGAUAGAGAGGUAGCUUUCUUCGAACGUAAAACAAACAAUAUUGGAGGUGAUGUUGUCUUUCAUCCCCGCACGCUCAUAUACGAUGACAGAGAUGCUUUUGGCACGACGAUUAAAAACUCUAAGCUUUUACAACCAGAUAUAGUCGAAAACAACAACAACAUUGACAUAUUCGGAUACGCAAAGAACGACAACAGAAAGACAGGUGAAGGCCCUGAGGACGUCAACACCUGGUCAGGAAAAACAGUCUGCGUUGAAGCUCCUCCACUUCCAUUGCACCCAUAUCAAGCUUGGCUAGACCAAGAAACAGACCCAGCGCAGGCGAACAAUGGCAUUACCAACAAAGCCGACAUUGAUUUGAACGCUUGUACAAGUUGGUCUGAUUUUCACAGGCUGUACUAUGACCCACGGUCUUUACAACCACUCAAGCUGCCAACAGGGUUUGCCGAUUGUUCAACAAACUCCUUCAUCACGGGACAGGACGCGUUUCAACAAAAGAAUGCCGAUAGUGACGAACAUUAUGUUUGGGAUACGGCCAUUCGUCCAUUGCUUGAGGAUUGCGAUAUGAUCCAAGGUUUUCAACUGUCAUUGGAUGUGUGCUCCGCUUGGUCUGGCUAUGCUUCCUCCUACAUACGUGGUAUCCAGGAUGAACUGGAGGAUGAGCGAAUUCCAUUGUGGAUAUUUGGAAUUCGUGAACAGCGUACUGUUAUGCAAGAAACGAAGCAGCACUUUAUGAAUGAAGCUUUGUUCAUGGCAAGCACGGCAGACGCAUAUUCAAAAUAUGUACCAAUUUGUGUAGAUACAACGGCCCAAAGUAUAUGGCACACGUCUGCUUUUGCCAGUGUUGCACUAGAGACAUUUACCCUUCCAACCCGUUUAACACGAGAAAAAAGAGUGCAGAUGAGUGACAUUGAGAGGGUCGUUUCUCUUACCCGAUCUUCCAAACUAUUCGGAAUGGAUGCAAUUGUGCUAGGUACGAAGAAGGCUUCUAUAAUCCAGAGAUGGGACGUCUCAUGGGGUUCGGGUACCGCACUACCGAAUACACUGGCUCCUGUGUAUCAAUGCUUCCGUGGAACGAACAUGGAAGAAGUUAACAGUUUGCUUGCACCAAAAUCAAUGCCUUCGGGACCUUCGCUGCAACUUGACAAACCAGCGUUUCCUGCAGAUGUAAAUACGCUUCCUGAAGAGCUGAAAAAGGUUCACGGUGUCGCUGUGUCCACCAGCGGAGGACCCAUCGGCUACGACAGUGACACCGAAGAGACAUUCAACUCUAAUUCGAAUUCUUUUCUCGAAAAAGAUCACCGUGGAGCAAUUGCAUCCGUCGUUUGA